UUCUGUUGCCUUAUUUUCUAGAGCUCAUGGACUGUUCACUCCAUAAUUGAACUUGUGGUCCUUUUUUUACAUCACUGUACCAAAUCUGAAGUAUCUCUUGUCUGCUCUCCUCUUCUUUGACUCCUCCUCUUCCUCCUGAAGCUGAAGGAUUCCUUGAGCUUGCCCAAAUCCAUGGAGUCUGAGGCUGUGCCAACAGAUCAAACAACUGAUGAGAUUGUUGAGGAGAAAAGAGUUAUCAACGAGGAGAUAGACAUGAAUGGAGAGACUAAUUCCCAUCCAAAAGAACCUAAAAAGAUGGAUGAGGAAGAAAAGCUAAAGAUGGUGUGUUCAACAGAUGUUGAAGCUGCUGUUGCCACUGAAGCAGAAGAAAAAUCCAGAGAAAAUAAUGAAUCCAUUGUUGAGGAUGUGAAAGAGGAUACAGAAUCUAGUAACAAUGAGAUGUCAGAUUCAGUGGCUUUGUCUGCUCAGGUUGUGGAAGAUGAAGCAGAUCCUCAACAAAAAGCUGGCAUUUCAGUUUCUUCAGAGAAAAGAGAAGAUGAAUCAAAGAAACAACAUGAAUCUGACACGCAAGAACUGUCACCAGGACCAGUAGAAGAUGGAGAAGGGAAUGCAGGUGAGAUUUUGGUUGAAGAACAAGAAUCUGAAGGUGUCAAAGGUCAAGUGGCUUCAGAUAUCUCCAAAGUUACAAUCUCAGAAACAGAGGACAAAAAGGAAGAGCCAGUUUUGUCAUGCACUACCGCGGAGUCUGCACCCAAAGAAAGUGGGGAGGAUUCCCAAUUUGAAGAAUUCUUGGUUGAUGCUCAUGUCACUGGUGAUUCUUCAGAGCAAAAGAUAAGCAACUCAAACAGGUCAGAAGAUGACAUGAAAGUUGAGAAUUUUGCAUCAGAAAGCAUAGAUAUGGUUUCAGAUUUUCUUGAAUCAUCUGAUGGAGCUGGAGAGAUCAUGAAGGAUACCAUGGAAGAACGAACAGAGAGCAGAACAAUCGAAGACGCGGUGAAAGAAGUUGCAGUUGUUGCUGGUUUUUCUGAAGUUCCUGAUGUCGUAAACCUGAUUGAGAUUGCUGCUGCUACUUCAGCUGUUGGAAGUGCUGAAGAGACUGUAAAGUCAGAAGUUGGAAUCACAGAUGACAAACGAGAAUUUAGAGAUGUUGAAGAACCAGUAAUGGAUCAGGUAAAUGGAGCUAGUUCUUCUAGUGAGACUGUUGAUGUCUCAACCAAGGAAGACAGCAGUGUUGUAAGUCUUGAAAUGGUCAAGGACAAGGAUGACGGUUUGGAAAAUAAGAAUGAGAUUCCAUUGGAGGCUACAUAUCCAGUGAAAGAAGUUGCAGCUGACUCUGAAGUGUCUAAAGUUGCCGCUUUUGUUGAUCCAAUUGAGUCCAGUAAUACUACUUCAGCUAUUAAAAUUAUUGAGGAAACUCAAGGGCUAGAAGCUAAAAUCGUAGACGGCAAGCAAGAAGCAUUUACUGAAAUUGACGAACCUGAAGUUGAAGAACAAGCAAUGAAUCAGGCAAAUGAAGUUGAUGCUACCAGUGAAACUGUGGAGGUUGCAGUAAAGGAAGACAAGGAUACUGUAACAGCUGAGAUGGUUGAGGAUAAGGAUAGCAGUUUGCACAAUUUGAGUGAGGCUCAUAUGGAACCUCUUGCUACUGCAAAUACCCCUCUGUCAACAAAUGGCACUUCAUCUAUUCAAGCUUUUGAUGAGGUCACACAAGACAAGUUGAUAGAAAAUGAAGAACAGUGGAUCGCUGAAACAAGCAAAGUUGACCCUGCUGGUUUGACUGCAGAUGUGAGCAUUGAGAUAAUUGGGGAUAAAAAGGAUGAUUGUUUAGAAGACAAGACUUCCAUAGAGAUACCAAAUGGUGUCGAUGUGACUGGUGAAAUUCUUGAAACCCCUUUUGAGGAAGUGAAAGACCCUGAAGAUGUUGCCAUGGUAGAAGAGAAGAAUGAUCCAGUGGAAGAAGUUGCAGAUGAUUCUGAUGUGCUGGUAGUUCCUGCUGUUGUUCAUCCAACAGAAUCUAGUAGCACUAGUUCAACUAUUAUAACUACUGAAGAAAGUAGAGAGAUUGAAGCUAAAACCAUAGAUGUCAAACAAGAAGCAGUAACAGAAAUUAAAGAACCAAAAGUCGAAGAACGAAAAAUGAACCAGGCAAAUGAAGUGGAUGCUACUAGUGACACUGUGCAAGUUGCAGUAAAGGAAGAAAAUGAUAUGGUAACAGUUGCUAUAGAAGAGGAUAACGAUUUAAAUAAUUUAAGUGAGGCUGAUGUGGUGGCUAUAAUAAAUCCAGUGAAAGAAGAUGCAACUGACUUUGGCAUGCCUAAACCUCAUGCUACUGCAAAUAUUACCCAGUCAACAAAUCUCACUUCAGCUAUUCAAAUUGCCGAUGAGAUCACACAACCAAAAGCUGAAGUCAUAUAUGAGAAGAAAGACAAGUUGACAGAAGUUGAGGAACAAUCAAUGACUGAAACAAACAAAGUUGAUUCUGCUAGUUUAACUGCCGAAGUUCCAUUAGAAGGAGAAAAGGCUAAUGUGAGCACUCAAAAGUAUGAGGACAAGAAAGAUGAUAUUUUUGGAAGCAAUACUUCCACAGAUAACCCAAACGGUGUUGAUGCUCCUGGUGAAAUUUCUGAAAUACACUUCAAGGAAGUGAAAGGCCCUGAAGAAGCUUACAUGGUCCAAGAGAAGAAUGAUCCUUCACAAGUUGUAGCAAAGGUCAAGGACAUUGAGGAUAAGAGCUUAAAAGAUGAUAGAGCGACUUUAUUGGAGACUUCAAAAAAUCUCGAUUGUGGUAUUGAAACAGCUGAUGCAGCAUUGGAUGGAAAGAGAAAUUUAGGAGUUACUGAAAUAGUAGAUGGAACAAAAGAAGAUAAUCUGAAAAACUCAACAGAGUUAGAGAGCUACUUUGUUGUUGCUGAAGUAGUAGGGGAGAGCAAGGUUGAGAACCUGGAAAGCGAAAAGACGUCUUUGAUCGAAGCUUUUGGAAUGGCUGGAGUCUCGUCAGAGCUUGAUAAAUCUUCCACAGGUAAUGAAAUGGUCAAAGAAAAGUGUAAAAACUCUGCAAGAAAUAAGAUAACUUUAGGUGAGAUCACCAAUUAUGCUGGUAUUAAUAGUGAUGCUUCAAAUGUCUUUCCUGUGCAAGAUAAAACAUCUGAAGGUCAUGAAGUGACUCAGGAGAAGGGUAAAGAGGCAAAAGAUUAUGAAUGUUCAAUUGUCAAGGAAAGCAAGGAUGAGAGCAUUACAAGCAAGGAAAAUUAUGCUGAGACUGUCAGAGAUCUUGACAAAGAGACAAAUGUGGUUGCUGCAUUAGGUGCUACUAGAACUAUGGAUGCUGAGAAGGAUAAAGAAGGUGCUCAAGAUGAAGAAGGAACAGAGAAUCCUAAAGAUGAAAACUUAAUUAUGACUCCGAAAUGUGCUGAUGUUAUGAAGGUAGAAGGAGAGGCUCCUAAACAGGACAUCCCAGCUAAGCCCUCCCAACGACAUUCAAAUAACAUAAUAUCAAAGCUCAAGCAGUCACUCAUUAAAGCAAAGAAGAUAAUGAUGGGAAAAUCACCAAGUUCAAAAAAUAUGUCGGCAAAAAGCAAACAAGAAAUCAAAUGAUCUAGAAUGAGACAAAUUUGUGUGUGAUCUCUGUGGCUGCUGAUCAUGUACAUAAAGGUCAUAGUCAUGUGCUUGGGAUCCUUCCUCUUCUGUUGUAUGAAAUCUUUUGGCAGGAUACCUGGAAGGAAGGAUAUGCUUGCUUUCUAGUUCUUAGCUUGACUAGCAGAAUAAUAUAUAUAAGGUUUCAUCUAAUUGUUACUUAUUAUUCAUUUUUUUAAUGGUGUUCUUGUGGUGUUUUUGUUUUAUGAUAUUGAUGCUUAUAAAUCCAUCAAGAAGUUCCUUUUCUUA